AUGGGCGGCCAGGUGAGCGCUGCCAGCAGCUUCCCGAGCCUGCGCUGUGGGAACGCCAACGCGGACUGGAUGACGGGGCUGUGCCCCCAGCUGUGGGACGUGCCCCUCCACCACCUCUCCUUCCCAGGUGGGAUGCUUUCUGUGGUGCUGCGCAUGUGGCCCUCCAGCUACGAGGGGGCCGAGCUUCUUCUCAGCAGAGCCUGCCUUUGUGCCUGGGCCUCUCCUGCUGUCUGCGACCCAUUCACGAGGCACUACAGCUCACAGGCUCAGCUGGGGGCCAUUCUGUUCUCUGGAUCUGCACAGCACCCCCACUGUGGGAAGGGCGAGUGCACACCUCAAGGAAGAAAGGUCCUGUCAAGUACCCUGAACAGUGAGGCUCUGGGGUCCUCAAUGCUCUGUAAACAAGGAAGCGGGCUCUUCGCUCACCUCCUGGCCAACCUCAGGCCCAUCAAGGACGUGGGUCCAAGUAGCUCCAGCACCAGGUGUGGCCAGGAGACACUCCCCUACCAACCUUCAGACAUCCUGGUGGCAGAGGACCAGGCCAAGGAAUCAGAUCUCCCCUUCAGCAAGAUAUGCUGCUCAUCAGACCUCUCCCGAUGGCUGAGCCUCCUGUGGCAGGUUCUGGAAGGUGCCCAGCACGGCUUCCCCAUGCUGCCCUCGGUUGUCCCCGCUGCCCGCAGGGCCAGCCGAGACACGCUCACGGAGAUCUCAGAGUGGCUGGAGAAGCACCCCCGGGAGGUGGUCCCCCUAGCCUGCAGGAACUUUCAGGGCCUGAGCACGGACCUGCACAAGUACCUGGUCACUUGCAUCCAGAACAUCUUUGGGGACAUGCUGUGCCCACGGGGUGAGGUGCCGACGCUGCGCCUGCUGUGGGCGCGGAGCCAGCAGGUGAUCAUCUUUUACGAGGACGAGGACACCAUGAGCCGGCACAGGGAGCUGUCACCGGGGGUCUGCUACUGGUGGGGCAACAAAGUGAAGGUGCAGGAGCUGAUCCGCUACCUGGAGGGCAUGAAGAGCUGCGGCCGCCCAGGCGGGUUGUUUGUGGCUGGCAUCAAACUUAUGGAGAACCUGGAAUACAUCCUGGUGCAUCCGUGUGAGUCCCUGCAGAAGAUGACGGUGCCCGAAGUGCCGUACCUGAGCACCUGGGUCCGAGCGCAGUGCCCGGGGCUGGGCUCACGGUGCACCAACGUCAUCGCGGGUGACUUCAUCGGCGCGGACAGUUUCGUCAGUGACGUCAUCAGACUCAACGAGAAGCUGCUUUGGUGCUGA